AUGCCACUGAAUUCCCAGAGCUGUGCAGAAAAAGAGUUGCUCUUGGAUCCAAGAAAUAAUCAGCAAAUUGAGCUUCGCAGCAAUACCGACAUUUUGAAUAAUCGUAUAUCAUCCUGUUUCGAAUUUCAACGUAACAACAUCAGCUGGUACCAGUGCGAUGGUAACAGACGUUUCAUUUCGAAACGAGCUCGCUGGUGGUUUAUUGCACUUGGUAACUGUAAUUCAACAAUUGGCGUUGAUCUGGAAUUCGAUUUUCUGAUGACCAAUGGUGCUCCGAACAGCAUUUGGUUCUAUCAUUUCUCAGCCGAUGAAUUUUGUGAGUGCAAUUCACGUUUCAUGCAUUUCUGA